UGUCGAAUGGUAUAGACAAUUCAAACAUUCGUAUAAAUAAACAAAACCCCGUUGCCAGUGUUGUCGCGAAAGAAAAAUCACAAAUAUUUGAUGACAAAGCUGAGAUCAUGAGCAAACCAAUCACUUUUAUCACGGGAAAUGCCAAGAAAUUGGAGGAAGUGAUUUCCAUUCUGGGUGCAUCAUUUAGCCGGCAAAUCGUUUCGAAGAAAGUCGACUUAUCGGAACUUCAGGGUGAAGUUGAUGAAAUUUGCAUAAAGAAAUGUCAGGAAGCAGCCAGACAGGUGCAAGGACCUGUAAUUGUAGAAGACACGUGCCUUUGCUUUAAUGCACUAAAAGGAUUGCCAGGUCCAUACAUUAAAUGGUUUCUGGAACGACUCGGUCCGGAGGGAUUGUAUACAAUGUUAGCGGGUUGGGAUGACAAAUCGGCUCAAGCCAUAUGUACGUUUGCUUAUGCACCAAGCGCUGAUGGGAAAGUGAUACUGUUCCAAGGUAUUACGGAAGGUCAUAUCGUUUACCCGAGAGGUCCGAGAGACUUUGGAUGGGAUCCAUGUUUUCAGCCGGUCGGCUAUGACAAGACGUAUGCCGAAUUGCCGAAAACGGAAAAGAAUGCCAUCUCACAUAGAUUCAAAGCGGUCGAUAAGAUGAGAGAAUUUUUCAAUGCUGAAUCGUCGGAACCAUCAGUUGUGUAAUGUUGUGACGAAUCAGUGUUAUAUCAGAAACGUUGUUACGUCUCUACGAAAUAGAAAGUCUUCGAUCUCUUA